AUGAACGAAGAGUGCUCCGACUCUGACGUAGAACGCCUUAAAGAAAUUUUUAGAAUUGAUGAAGAGCGAGCACGUGAAGUAUUGAAAGAAGCCAACAAUGAUUUGCAGAAAGCAGCUGAUCGUCUAUCCGCAAGUGAGAUGCCAGAGCUAACGAGUGCUAGUCAAACCGAACCUUUACAACUCGGCUGGGGCUCCUCAACGGGAAAUGAAACUACAUGGUGUCCGUAUUGA